CGCGGAGGAGGGGUAGGUGGUGCCAUGGUGGCGAACCCUUGUUGCGGGCCCCACUUCACUUCACACCCAACUAUUUUUCCCACACCAACUACCCAUCUACUCUCCACACACAUUUUAUAUAUAAAAUCUAUAUACAAAUUUUACAAUUGCUGAGCCACCGAAAUUUCCUCUCUCUCUCUCUCUCUCUCUACACUCACCAAACCAGAGAGAGAAUUCCACCAAACUCCAGUUCGACGCGACCGUUGGAUUAAUGGCGUCGAGCCUCUACACCAAACACUUCCUCGGAGCUCCAUCGUCCUCCGAUGGACCCGCCCGCCUUGGAUCUCUCCAGUCGCCGCCGUCGCCCAGCCUCCAGAUGCCUGCUCGCCGAUCCCGCGUCAAACGCCUUGAAAUACAGGCUGCUGGCAGUACAUAUGGAACCUACUUCCGUGUUACAACAUUUGGAGAAUCUCAUGGUGGAGGCGUAGGCUGUGUAAUAGAUGGGUGCCCUCCCAGACUUCCCCUCUCAGAAGCUGAUAUGCAAGUAGAUCUUGAUAGAAGGAGGCCAGGCCAGAGCAGAAUAACCACCCCGAGAAAGGAGACUGACACGUGCAAAAUUGCUUCAGGGACUGCUGAUGGAUUCACAACGGGGUCUCCAAUCAAGGUAGAAGUGCCCAAUACUGAUCAAAGAGGAAAUGACUACACUGAAAUGUCACAAGCCUAUAGGCCAUCUCAUGCGGAUGCAACCUAUGAUUUCAAAUAUGGUGUUAGAUCAGUUCAGGGUGGUGGUAGAUCUUCUGCAAGAGAAACAAUCGGGAGAGUUGCUGCAGGAGCUGUUGCCAAGAAAAUUCUAAAGCUAUAUGCAGGGACUGAAAUUAUUGCUUAUGUUUCACAAGUGCACAAUGUUGUCCUUCCUGAAGAUCUGGUUGAUCAUGAGACUGUGACCCUUGAUCAGAUAGAAAGCAACAUUGUCAGGUGUCCAAAUCCUGAAUAUGCAGAAAAGAUGAUUGCUGCUAUCGAUGCUGUCAGGGUGAGAGGUGAUUCUGUUGGGGGCGUUGUCACUUGCAUUGUUCGGAAUGUCCCAAGGGGACUUGGUUCUCCAGUGUUUGAUAAACUAGAAGCAGAGUUGGCUAAAGCUGCUAUGUCAUUGCCUGCAACAAAGGGCUUUGAGUUUGGCAGUGGAUUUGCUGGUACAUUCAUGACCGGUAGUGAGCAUAAUGAUGAAUUCUACAUGGAUAAGGAUGGUCGAAUUAGGACAAAAACCAACCGAUCUGGUGGGAUACAGGGUGGAAUAUCAAAUGGAGAAAUCAUCAACAUGAGAAUCGGCUUCAAGCCAACAUCGACAAUUUCCAGGAAGCAAAAUACUGUAACUAGAGACAAACACGACACAGAGCUCAUAGCACGAGGUCGUCAUGAUCCUUGUGUUGUUCCACGAGCCGUUCCAAUGGUGGAAGCAGUCGUAGCCAUGGUGCUCGUUGAUCAAUUAAUGGCACAGUACGCACAGUGUAAUCUUUUCCCAAUAAACCCAGCAUUACAGGAACCCCUCGAACAUCCCCAAGACGCACAGGCAAAGCUUCACCUAUAAUGGUGCCUCGUUGUUGGCUAGUAGACUCGUUCUAUUGAUAUGUUCGAUGCGCUAGUCCGACCAUGGCUUUUCUUCAUUCAACUUGUCUGGUACGAGUCUAUUCCUAUUUGACCCCGUUCUCUAUCCUGGGCCAUCCAGAUAAGUGAGUGAAGGCAAACUAUCUGCUGUUUUUUUGGUCGAGGUUCAUUUAAUUCUUGUCUGUAAUCUGCUUCUAUCUUUGAUCUUUUUUUUUUUGUUUUUAGUGAUAACAUUGUGUAUGUACUUUCAAUGUAGUUGGUAUAUUUCCCAAAAUAAUUAUUGCUAAUUUUGAAACGAAUAAUGUGAAAGAAUUUUCUACUUUGAACCUUGAAUACAAGAAUCGUGUACUUUUGUGGCUGA